CGUGGCGGCGGUCACAUGAUCUCGACGGAUGACUUGGAGUAUCCGCGAGAGUACCGGACGCUGGGCAACAGCGCUCGGCGAUUCUCCAAUGUGGGCCUGGUGCACACGUCGGAGCACCGCCACACCGUCAGCGCCGCCCAGAGUCUGGAGGCCCUGACCAACCUGCACAAGGCCGACAUGGAGCGCAAGAGGGACGCCUUCAUGGAUCACCUGAAGAGCAAGUACCAGCAGCAGCAGCAGCUGCAGCAUCCGCAUCACAGCCCACACCACAACCCGCCCUCCCCCUCACCCUCCCACGCCAGCAUGAGGGGCACAUCAGAGCGGUCCGCACGAGAACAGCAACAGCCCAACUACUGGAGCUUUAAGAGCCGCAGUCCACGGCAUUCCCAGUCCACCCAGUCUGGGCUCGCCGACCAGGCCGCCAAGCUCUCCUUUGCCUCGGCCGAAUCCCUGGAGACCAUGUCCGAAGCCGACAUCCCCAUCGGGUUCAACCGGAUGAACCGGUUUCGCCAGAGCCUGCCGCUGUCACGCUCUGCCAGCCAGAAUAAACUACGAUCUCCAGAUGAAUAUUCAGGCGUGCUGUUCCUGCAGUACGGAGACGAGACGCGCCGCGUUCACAUCACCCACGAGCUGAGCAGCCUGGACACCCUGCACGCCCUCAUCGUGCACAUGUUCCCCCAGAAGUUGACGGCAGGUAUGCUGAAGUCGCCCAACACGGCCAUCCUGAUCAAGGACGAGGCGCGCAACGUCUUCUACGAGCUGGAGGACGUCCGGGACAUCCAGGACCGCAGCAUCAUCAAGAUUUACCGCAAAGAGCCCAUCUACGCUUCCUACCCUGCUGCUGCACACCUGGCUAACGGAGACCUGAGGAGGGACAUGGUGUACUCCUCCCGCGACUCCUCCCCAACUCGCCGCCUCAACACCCUCCCCUCCUCCUCCUCCUCCACGGCCUCGGCGUCCUCCGGCUCUCCGUCGCGCUCACGCCUCUCCUACAGCGGCGGCGGCCGUCCUCCAUCCUUCGCUGGUCCCCACUCACAGCACGAGCAGCCCCGUCAUCCCCACCAUCCCUCGGCCGGCCACGGGCCCAACGCGGGCCUGUCUCCGUCGCCCAGCGCCAUCCUGGAGCGCCGCGAUGUCAAGCCUGACGAGGAGGUUUCUGCAAAAAAUAUGGCACUGAUGAAGAACGAGGCGCUGUACGCUGACCCCUACAGCCUGAUGCACGAGGGUCGCCUCAGCAUCGCCUCCACCCAGUCGUUAGCUGCCAUCGGAGACCCCUUCAGCUUCCCCGUUACCAGUGGCCUGUACCGCCGUGGCUCGGUCCGCUCCCUCAGCACCUACUCAGCCGCCGCCCUUCAAGGGGACCUGGAGGACUCCCUCUACAAGCCCGGAGGGUCGCUCUACUCUGACACGUACUCCUCGGCCACACUCGGAAUGGGUUUCCGCAUGCCGCCCUCAUCGCCGCAGAAAAUCCCUGACAUGCAGAUGAGGGACAGGGACACGUACUCCAGCUCACCCAGCAGAGCAUCACCCGUCAGGCAGAGCUUCCGCAAGGACUCGGCCUCGUCCUCGGUGUUUGUGGAGAGCCCCAAGUCGAGGCCCAGCUCCGGCUCAGAGCCCCUGUGUCUGACAGCCGGGCCUGGGGAGGGCGGCAGGGCCACGCCUGGGUUUGGUUCCUCGAUGUCUGGACAGGACCCCGACAGCAGCAGGGAUCAUCGUCUGGAGCGCAUGGAGGCGAUGGAGAAGCAGAUAGCCAGCCUUACUGGCCUGGUCCAGAGUGUGUUGACCAGAGCACCGGACAGCGACAGCACAUGCGGCCUGCUGCGUCUCUGCAUGAUGGCGGGCUGCCCUCCGGACCAAGGGACGGAGUUCUCACGGCCAUUACCUUUCUCUUCCAGCGAGAAGACCGAAACCAACAGUGACGGCUCCGCCACCGGAACUGGACGGCUGAAGCAGAAAGCUCAUACGCCGUCGGCACCUCUUGCUCUGAUGCCGCCGCCGCCUUCCAUCACAACGCCGGUGAACGGUGCCGGACGCCUGCAGAUGCAGCUCCACCUGCACGGCCUGCAGCAGAACGCCACCGACCUGCGCAAACAGCUCGGCCAGCUGCGUAAAAUACAGAUGGAGAACCAAGAUUCGGUGCGAACUCUGCUGAAGCGGACGGAGGCGGAGCUUAACGUGCGUGUGGCCGACGCCCUGAGGAAGCAGGAGGAUCCUCUGCAGAGACAGCGCCUCCUGGUGGAGGAGGAGAGACUCAAGUACCUCAACGAGGAGGAGCUCAUCAUCCAGCAGCUCCACGACCUGGAGAAGUCGGUGGAGGAGAUCCAGAAGGAGUCGUCUGUCAACCACAAGCUGGUGACGGUGCAGGAGCUGGAGGAGAAGGCCACCCUUCUGAGGAAGCUGGGAGAAACGCUGACAGAGCUGAAGAAUCAGUUCCCAGGCCUGCAGAGUAAGAUGCGGGUGGUGCUCAGGGUGGAGGUGGAGGCCGUCAAAUUCCUGAAAGAAGAGCCGCACAGGCUUGAUGCCCUUUUAAAACGCUGCAAGACCAUAACCGACACCCUCGCCACCAUGCGCAAACAAGCCAAUGAGGGUGUGUGGAAGAAGCAGGAGGACUUCUCCAUUCCUUCAUCAAAGAACAACGGUGACUUGCGAAAGUUUUCAGACUUCGACAUCUCCACCAGCCCACAGCUCACCAUCAACGACCUCGGUGGAGGAAACAGCCUGUCCAACUGGAGCCCCCACUCCAGCCUCAGCCGAGGCCACGGGACCCUGUCCGCUUCUCUCAAGGACAAUCAUCCUCCUGUUCCCCACAAGGGUAAAGCCCUGGAAGAGCUGGAACGCCGGGCUUUAGCUGACAAAGCGUUAUCCGUGGAGGUCCGACUGGCAGCAGAGCGGGACUGGGAGGAGAAGCGAGCCAGUCUGACCCAGUACAGCGCCCAGGACAUCAAUCGGUUGCUGGAGGAGACCCAAGCCGAGUUAAUGAAAGCUAUCCCAGACCUGGACUUCGCUGCCAAGCAGAUCAAGCCCUCCUCCAACUCACCGUCCUCCCAUAUCCCCCCAAGUGGGGUAGGAGCCACAGAGCACCGCGUCAGCAAGCCUCAGCACAAGCUGUCCGGGAAAGAGGGAGGAUCCAGGCGUGGCUCUGAUGAGCUGACAGUACCACGAUAUCGCACAGAGAAACCCUCCAAGUCUCCUCCUCCUCCACCACCCAGACGCAGUUUCCCGUCUUCUCCAGGCAUCACCAGCCGCAGCGGAGAACCCCUCAUUCCUGGAAAAAGCAUAAAGAAGACUGAAUCUGAGGAGGCCGAAGUCCAGAAGCAGCAUGUAAAACUGAGGAGGACCGUGUCUGAAAACCCCCGUCCUGCAUCUACACCACCCACACUAGCCUCUGGGGACAAGGAGGAAGCAGAGGAGGAGAAAAUUGCUGCCGAAUUAGAGCUGUUUGAGAGAGCCCCACUCAGGCUCCCUCUCCCACUUACCCUUCCCCAGCCUGUUAGCCCUCGCAGCAGGAUAAACGUACCCCCCUGCAGACCGGACCUGUGGCCCUCUGAGGCCCCUGGCACUGAGGGAAGGCGCUUGUCUGCUGUCCCCAACAUCGUGUUGACAGAGUGUUUGCCUGCUUCGCCAACUGCCUCAGAGGAUCCUGUCAGAGAUACAGGAAAUGACCCGGUAGAAGAGAGUCCAUCACGAGAUUGGACUGCUCAUCACACCGUCUACCAGGCUAAAUGUUCAAACGAAAGGGAUUCCUCUGGAAGCCCCCCUCAGAGAGAGCGAGAGCAGCUCUGUUUAAAGGAGAAAGUGGAGUUAAAACAGGAAGUGGCCUUGCUUUUGACGGAGCAGGAGGUCAGGGUGGUGUCUCCCAUUGAGGCCGAGGAGCUCAGCAAGACUUUAGGAGAAGCUCUGCAGACCCUGAUCAUCUCAACACACACUAAUGAAGUCCCUGAGGUCCAGCUGAGUGGCCGGCCUCUCCUGGUGCUCCUCAGAGAUGGAAAAACAGUCAGGGAUGCCUACAGGCGGCUGCAUUCUCUUUUGGAGUCAUCCAAGCCGGUGCCCAAACCCAGAAUGAAAUCCUCCCUCCGCUCGGGCCAGCAGAGCUCUCUGGUGGAGGCUCUGAGGAGAGGGAUGGAGACAGGAGACAGAGUGCUGACUCUUAAGAUUCCUGAUGUGCAGCAGGAACCAGUAGACAUAAAGUCCAGUGGGUCGUCUCCCUCUGUGGAGAGUCCAUCCGACCAGAGCCAGAGGAAAACGAGAGACGACAUCCGGUGCAGCACCUACAGGCGGAUGGACAGCUUGGAGGAAACUAUCCGUGAGCUGGAGAACACGCUGAUAGAGAUCAGUGGCCAAGCAACAGCAGAGCAGCUCUACACUGAGACGACCCCAGAAAGCACAGCUGUACAGGUGACAGGAGGUCCGACCUCGGAGACCAGGAAGCCUCCGGUCCCACCCAAGCCGUCCUCGUUCAGCCCAGCAUCCAUCCAGGGGGGGAACAGUUCAAGCGUAGGGAAGGCCCUCCACUCCUCAGCUGCCUCCAAACUGAAGCACCUGCAGCAGAACAGCACAGACAAGACUAAAAGUGGCAGAAGAGAGGACUUCAUGAAGAUCCAGGGCCAGCACCAGGUACUUUCUCUAUAUUUCGCUCCGUCAAGGCCAAAGCACGCUUGA